AUGACGGACAGGAGAAAGAAAUCUUGGGGCACAUUUAAGAACGAGAUGAAAGCCAAGAGGAGUAAACCUGGAGAUGGCGGUGCGAAGAAAAACGAAAAAGGCAACAUUCUUGAAAGACAAGAAUUGGUAGUGCAGAGACUGAGCUCAGAAGUAUCCGACAAAGCCUACUAGGGUAGGGCCCCGCAAGUUCGUGCAGUACAAUGAGGAGGAAAUCUCCACUGAAGGGAUCAAAGCACCUUGCGAGAAACAUUUCUCACCCUCAUUGGAACACAAAGGAUUGUCCUGUGAUGUUUUGGCCGGUGACCAGGGGCCAUCUUGUCACUCAAAGAAGCACAUUCCUGAUUUAAAGGUGAUCCUUGUACGAUUUAUCAAGUCAUCGAGCACACCAGACAGCAGGCCGAUUGCAAACGACUACGAAUCGAGUUCAUCUAGACAGCAAUACUUUAGUGAACCUGUAACACCCCCGCAACGAAACCGGCAGGACCCAAACAAGGCACAAAGCACUGGUUCACCAAAUGUGAAACAUGUAAUUCCCAAGAGUUUGUCCAUUUCGCAUAUGAUGAAGCUUGGGAAGCUUGCCAAGCCAAAUGAAUCAGUUUCUGUACAGGAUGUUUAUUCAUUUGACUUGGAGAAUAUCGCCUGGUCUCUUCUCCCUCAAAAGGUAGAGUUUGUAAUUGAAGAAGAUGUGCUGUGAAGGGGAGGAUUUAGGCAAGCCUUCAAGGCAAGAAGUUGCUCCACAACCUUCAACACCUCUAUUUGGGUAGUAAAGAAGUUUUUACCGUAAACUGUCAAGGGGAUAACCAAAGAUAUCAAGAUAACAAUUAAAGAACACCCAAGGAAAGUCGUGCAAAUGCACGCCCUGGCAAAAAACAUUGCUGAGCAACUUGGCAAAAAAGUCCAGGAACUUAAUGUUUCAAAGGAGUUUGGGGAAACUUUAAAGUAUAGAGGCAUUCACCUUGCCAAACUAGACAGUGACUGUUUGACUCUGGAGGAGUUUAAUGAAGGGAAAUUUGAGAAAUACAUUAACAAUACAGGUGAAGUCUGUAUGCCAAAUGAUCAUGUCAUCGGGCAAAAGGCACAAUGCUUGCCACACUUCUCUUAUGAAAUUUCAAAUUCACAACUCCUGGUAGUUGACCUACAAGGCAGUGGACACAUGUUGUAUGACCCCGAAAUUGCUACCACGCAAACGUUUGACAGUGAUAAUGAAUUUCUCUUUUGUGCAGGAAACCUCAAUAUUCUUGCAAUAUCUGCUUUUGUAAAGGCGCAUGCUUGCAAUCGAUUUUGUCGCUUACUUGGUUUAAAGCAGCUUGAGCAAGAAUGUAAAACUUAA